GCCGAAGUGCCGACUGGCUUGUUGAUUUGAGUCAGCAGCAGCGAGUAAAAGUUGGUGAAUAUAAAAUUAAUUGUUAAAUUAUACAUUAUAAAUCUGUAAAUAAGAACUAAAUAAAUAGUUAAUUUUAAUUAAUUAAUUUGACAGAUUUCUAUUAUUUAUCCAGUUUUAUCUUUAAGUGUAUGUUUUGAGUCAAAACUUUUGACUAAUAAAUAAAAUGAAAAGUUCCUGCCUGCACUUUUGAUAUCCUAGCUUGUCGCCGUUAGAACAUUAAUUAAAACAAUUCAUAAAAACAAGUGACUUUCGGCCAGUCACACACCAAAGACGAAGGACGUCGGUGUUCCUUAAAGUUCAAAAACAAAUAAUUCUAAUAGCCGUGCAGUACAUCGACCCACACCACAAAGAUCAAGUUAUUUGAAUAGCAGAUAGUACAGAAUGACGGAUACGGGUUAUCAGCCGCACCCACCCCCCGCCCCUGCCGCCGCUGGAGUUGGACUAGAACAUGACCCUGACCAAGUAGAGUACUGUAUUUGCCGCAAAUUAGAAGUUAUCGAAGAACAAGAGAGAAAGUACAAUAACACAUCGGACCGAAAAGGUAAACACUCUCCAGAGUCUUCCCCCUUGGACCAGCUCAUCUACAUGGACAUGCUAAAUUUCAACCACCUCCUGAAGAAAGCACAACGGGCCGAUGCAAUCCGCGCAGCUUAUUUUAAAGGAACACUGCCUAAAAUCAAAACUGAAAUAACCGAGGAGGAUGUGGGACUCGAAAUUUUGCAAAAAUUUGGAGAAUUGGACGACGAAUCGCCUAAAUUCGAUCCUCUCUUUCUCUCAUUCAAGGAAACCAUGCAAGAAGAAUUCGCCAUCUUCGAAGAAGCCGAGAGGGAAGAGUUAAUCUCAGGAAACAUUUCCGGUUUCGAGACUGUAGAGCAAGUAAGAAAGAAGAUGGACCAAUGGGUCAUCGAGAACAAAGUGGAUGUCGAAAUGUACACUAAUUUCGACCCGAGAAGUAACCUUAGUAAAGCAGAAUGGUUCGACUUGCCACGCCCGAUGGAAGAGUGGGGUCAGGCUUAUUUAGAAUCCAAAGCCGUGUCUCUUAUAGCUUUGAAUCUUCAAACGAAACCCGUCGAGGAGAAAGAAGACAAAAAUGUCCCAAGUACCGACUCUACUCCAGCUUUCGAACCUGAUGUGUGGCCUCCCGAGCGUGACCUCCUUGCCGAAUCUCUACCCGUUCUAGAUAACCCGAACUGUGACCCCCAACGAAAAGAGGAAUUACUAAGGGUAAAUUUGGCCGUGUUCGAUCCAAAAUACUGGAAUUUUCCAAAGAACGUAUCCAACCGGAACGAAGUCUCCAAAGAUGAAGAAUACUUUACCCCUCUGAAACUGUGCCGCACACUCAACAGCCUUAUCCACCAGUGCCCCUUGGGGAUAAGUUCAGACGCAUUGAAUGACUUAUAUUUUCGUACGAACGGCUCGCACGUGACCUUCAAUAUUGAUCUAUGUACAACCUCCGACGAAUUAGACAUGGAAGACUACACUGAACAAUUCUUCGUCAGUCUGCCCGAUAUUUUUCACGCGUCCCGACCGAUAAUCGGUGGGGUCGGAAAGACGCUCCUCUUCCCCGCCGCGUUCAAAGGCUUAAUCGCAACUCGUCGUAUUUUCGAUGCCAGACUUACCCACCUUAUCGUCAUGACGGUUAUCUUGAAUGAUACGGGUUUCCUCCAUGUGGAAGAAGUACCCUCCUUGAUUUGGUCCCAUUUUGGCGUCGACAUCAACCCCUUCGCGCUCGGGUACUCGUCCACCCUUAGCUUCGUCAAGGAUUACCUGUCCUCCCUCCGGAGUUACGUAACCUUUGUGGAAUAUUUCCAUCGACAAGGCGACACCUAUGAGCCCAAGACAUUCCUCAUUCUCACCCAUUUUCCCAACGCGAUCCAAAACUUUGAAGCUUAUCGGACCCAAACUGAAGACCCGGGGAUGGUGGAACUGGAAAAAUCGCGAAUGAAAAAUUUAACUCUGGUGGAGAAACAUCAAGCUCAAAUGAUCGGGUUGAAACCAAUCAUGAGGAAGGUGGAGGAGAUUGAAUUCUCCUCGGAUUUUAUCGACCUUCAUGGCCCCCAUUAUUGUCGGUGUUCCUAUGCUAUCAGCCCUUCCAGCUUUUACGUCGUUUUGCACAAAGACUUUGAAAAUUUGCGAUAUGUAACAAGAAAGUUGGAAAACCCAGCAACCCACAGUAAUUGUGAGUUACCUUUCAACUUUUUGGAAGAAAUUACCAUCGGAUCUCUAGUCUUGGCAAAGGUUAAACCAGAAGAGAACGUAUGGUGCCGAGUGGUCGUAAUUUCUCUCCCAUGUGUCAAUGAAAAUAAUCCUGAAAGCGGCAUAGGGGUCAAAGUUCGCCAACUCGAUUACGGGGGACUAUUUUGGGUCAAACUUGACGAAAUUGCCCCACUCCCGAGAGAGCUUGGCGAACCCAUACGAGCGCUCGCGAUUCAUUGCAAUCUCCAAUUUCACGAUAAGACUCUAAUCAAAAAGGAAAAUACUGCUGAUUGGACGGACAAGGAGAGGGAAAUGUUUAUUGAGAUGGUUUGCGGCCAAAAUAUGAAGGUCCAGUUAGGCAUGCCAACUUUUCACACAAUUAUGACACCCGUGGGAAAACAAGUGACCGAGGUGACAGAUCCUUAUGGAAAACCUUGCGCAACUUUUCCUGCUCGAGGAAACUUACAUCUCCCAUUUCCGGAUGUGCGACUUCUUCCCGUGACAAAGGCAGUGGUGCUGAAAACUAAACAACCAACUGAUGACUGGCUGAAUUCGACGAUAGAGGAGUUUAAAACUUCCAAAGUCUUCAUUUCAGAUUUAGCUGUAGAAUUUGAAAAGUGGUAUAAAAGCACGAAAUAAGUUAUUCUUGAUUUGAAAUCAUGAGAUAAAUGUAGAUAAAGUUAAACAUUGAGCGUCCAUGCAGUCCACCCAAUCAAUAAUUAGGAAAGAUUUGAUUACGAUUUUUAAUAUUUGACGCAUUUUUGUACUAUGCACUUCAGUUUCGACAUAAAAUUUCAAAGAAACUGUUUGCUAUUAGAUGUAAUAGAGGAAAAUCUGUACACAAUCGUGAGAAAAAUUGGAUUUUUAUUGUAAAAAUUGUAGUAUAAUUACAUACUUAGUUCGGUGUUUGAGGAUAUUUUACUUGAUAAGUAAGUUCAUAGUUGGACCUGAAUUUAGUUUUCAUUCAAAAAUCAGUCAUCCCGAGUUUUGACGGAAGAUUUUCAUUCACUCAGUCAUUUUUUGACUUACGCUAUAAUUAAAUUAUUAAACGUAUUAUUUUCAUAGGUUAGGAAUUUUGUACGUAAAUAUUUUAUUUAUCUGUUUUGACAUCUUUGUAAAUAUUUAGUGACAAUUCCUAAAAAUAAACUUGUAAGUUUUCAACGUGUUAAACAAUCUUUA